UUUGUUCUUCUGCUGAUGUCACUGAGCUCUGGCUCUGAUUCUGAACUCUGUUGUUUUUUCAGUGUUUCCUGCAGAGAGAGAAGCGUUUCUGUGCGUUCACUGCUGCUCGCCGCCGUCUGCAUCACGCUGUCUGUCAUCUGGGGAGUGUACCGCAACGACGACAGGUGGAUCUGGAUUCUUCAGGAUCUGCUGGGCGUCGCCUUCUGCCUGAACUUCCUGAAAACCAUCAGCCUGUCCAACUUUAAGAUCUGUGUGAUUCUGCUCAGUCUGCUGCUGGUCUACGACGUCUUCUUCGUCUUCAUCACGCCAUUCCUGACGCCGAACGGAGAGAGCAUCAUGGUGCAGGUGGCUCUGGGCCCCGGUGCUGGAGGGAAGGGUGACAGCAAUGUAGUGGAGGUUCCAGGAGACCAGACGUCCUCCUACGAGAAACUGCCGGUGGUGAUGCGUAUCCCACAGUUCUCUGCGCUGGCUCAGAAUCUGUGCAUGAUGCAGUUCUCCAUCCUGGGCUACGGUGACAUCAUCAUACCAGGUCUGCUGGUGGCGUACUGUCACAGGUUCGACGUGUGGAUGGGGAACUCCAGAAGGAUCUACUUCAUCUCCUGCGCCGUCGCGUACGCCGUGGGUCUGGUGCUGACCUUCGCUGUGAUGCUGCUGUCUAAGAUGGGUCAGCCGGCGCUGCUCUACCUGGUUCCCUGUACGCUCCUGACCAGCGCCGUCCUCGCCUGCGUCCGCAAGGAGUUCAGACACUUCUGGAGCGGCUCCGGGACCUACCAGGUCCUGGACGAGUCUAGGAAGCCCUUAUUAUCAGAGGGAGACGCUGGACGCUCCGGUGGAGUGAGGAGCUGCUGAGACUCUGACUGACCAGUGUUUCCUGUCACACGCAGCCGAAGGGAAAGCCAGCUGGAUCUGAUGAGUGUUGUGUGUGUCUCUGACUGAUCACAUCUCAUCAUCAUCAUCACUCGAUCACUGGGACACUUUACUAAAACAUCAGACUGUCUGAAAAUUAUUCUUUAAGGGGCCUUAAAUAACCAGAUCAACCUGCUGUUUUUUUGUCUUUCACUUUUUUAUGUAAUCAUUUUUUAAUGUUGGGAAUAUUUGACAAAAACCUGAUGAACAGUUUAACUCUCUUUCUCUGUAAUCGAAAUAAAUACAGAUCUGAAAACUGAA